AUGUCACGGUGCCUUCUUCGAUUAAAUGAAAAAAAUAUUAAAUAUACAUCUGUUUCUUAUUUUAUACAGCAUUAUAUGCGCGCAAUUAAAUUUGGUAUGUCAUUAAAAGAAUGGACAUUUCGUGUUUGUAAUGGGAUGCUUAAAUUAGCAAUAUAUGAGAUAUAUGAAUGUACUAAAUGGCUUAUCGAAACUCAUAUAUCAAUACUUCCAAAUGAAAUUCAUGAACGUUUAAUUAUAACUCAUAUGCAUGAUAUUAGUAAACAUUUUAAAUUAUUACGACCACGUUAUUUAAUGUGCUUGGCUCUUAAACUUUUAAUAACUGGUUAUCAACGUUCAGCUAAAACUCAAUUUGCUAAUGCCAUUCGUUUAGCUAAUGAUCUUGAAUUAGAUUCUGAAAGAAAACACAUUGAAAUGACAAGAAAACAAAUAUUUAAAGUAAUUACAAAGAAAAAAACAAAGUCAAUUAACAAAACCAAACAAAAACGAACAAAAAAUUAA